UCUUCACUUCCCUCACUAACACACACAUCCAAAAACAUGGAAAAACCUUCUUUCCAACUCCAAAUCAUAACCAUUUUCUUCUUCAUUCCGGCCGCCUUCGCUUCCGACUCCUUCAUCUACGGGGGGUGCUCGCAGAUAAAAUACGCCGCGGGCUCCCAAUUCGAGGCCAACCUCAACUCCCUCCUCACCUCUCUAGUGAACUCAGCCACCUACUCCGCCUACAACAAGUUCAAGAUCAUGGGGUCGGCCCCACAAGACGUCGUCUACGGCCUCUACCAGUGCCGGGCCGACCUCGCCAUGCCGGACUGCGCCACCUGCGUGGCGCAGGCCGUGUCCCACCUCGGCCCCCUCUGCCCCCAGGCCUGCGGCGCAGCUGUCCAGCUCGACGGCUGCUUCGCCAAGUACGACAACGUCUCGUUCCUCGGGGCCGAGGACAAGGCCGUCGUCGCGAAGAAGUGCGGCCCGUCUGACGGCUUCGAUGCUGAUCAGAUGGCCCGCAGAGAUGCCAUGCUGGACGGUUUGAGCCGGGCUGGCGGGCCGUUCCGGGUUGGCGGGUCCGCGGAUGUACAGGGAGUGGCGCAGUGUGUCGGCGACUUGAGCAAUGGGCAGUGCCAGGACUGCCUCACGGAGGCCUUGCGGCAGCUCAAGGCGGAGUGCGGCGGCGCUGUUUUUGGUGAUAUGUUUUUGGGAAAAUGUUAUGCGAGAUAUUCCACUAAUGGGGCCCACGCUUAUAAUACCCAACCAAAUCAUGAUCAUUCGAUUGCACAUAGUGACUCGGAGAAGACAUUUGCUAUAGUUCUUGGAUUAUUAGCCGGGGUUGCAUUGCUCAUCAUCUUCCUCACUUUUCUAAGAAGGAUUUCCAAUCGAAACGGUAAAUAAACAAAAGAAAUAAGAGAUUUGCUUUUUGAAAGCCCUUUAAUUAGCCUUUCCAUUUUCUUGGUGCAUGGUGGAGAUCAACUUGGCUCUCUCAUCCUUUUCUGGCAAAAAAGAAGAAGAAAAAAUUACUUACUUUUUUUCCCUCUCCCAAAAGUAAACAACUUUGGUGUCAAAGCUGUUUUAUCAAAUUGAGUACAAACUUAAGGGAGAAGGGAAUGAAGUCUCUUUAGACAAUUAGAUUCCUUUCCAUUUUACAAAGCUGUGUUAUUUUUUCUGAUGUUGUUAAAAUAUGUAUUCUUUUGUCAUAAAGUUGGUUCUUUUAUAUUGGCA